AUGAUAAAAAAGGGUCUAGGAUUUGAACGAGGUGAAUCUUCGAAUAAUGCUCCUAUUUUUGUCAAAGAGGGUAUGUUUAAGGCCACAGCAGUUCACAGUUUUGAACAAGGACAGUCAUCUCAGUCAGUUCAGAAAAAUGAUAAGAGAAAGAUAUAUGUUCAAACUGCAGAUACUGACUUCGGCAAACUAACUCGUCAAUCUCAUUAUUCAAGAGAUCAAAGGAAGGAAAAAUAUCAUAAUAAGACUAUUACUCCGUUCACUAGACAGGUUUGGGUCAGAAAGUCAGAAGUUAUAUGCUACCCCACUAUAGUUCUGAUUGCAUCUACGACUGAAGCUAGAUGGUAUUUCGACAAUGGCUGUUCCAGACAUAUGACUGGGAACGUUAAGUGUCUCAUGGCUGUUCAACCAAGCAGUGGAUCUGUUACUUAUGGCGACGGGCAAAAAGGGAAAAUAGUUGGAAAAGGUACUCUGAAUGUACCAAGUUUACCUCACUUAGAAGAGGUUCUAGAUAUGGAUAAGCUGAUCAAACUAGAAGCUGUGAGAGGAGUACCUAAGAUCUUAAUAGAACUGGAGAAAGUUUGUGGUGCAUGUGCCAUUGGGAAACAAAUUAGAACUCCACACAAGAUGAUUUCUCUCGAUACAGCUGGGUGUACUUUCUUAGAGAAAAAAUCUGAGGCCUUCAAGGCAUUUAAAACCAUGUAUAGGGUUCAAAAGGAAAAGAAAGAGCGUUAA